CGGGCUCCGUCUUCGCGAAGCUGGACACGAGACGGGAGGCAGUCGGGAGCCUGAUAUUUCGGUGUAGGUGGUUUGAAGGCUGUGACAGGAUUGUAGAGAGGCUGCAGAUUCUUAGGGCAUUCCGGAGGCGACUUGCGAUGCUUCGAGGAUUCCAAGAGCAGAGGGCUGGUGGAUCACGAAUUUGUGGGACUGCCAGAUGCUUGACAGCGCCACCAACGGCCGCUGGCUGCUGCCACUUUCGUCAUGCUUUCGGAUUCAUCGUCUACCUAAUCGGUCAAGCAGGAUUUCAAAUGAGUGCGGCGAUAAAAUUUGAAGGGGACAGCGGAAAAGCAAGAGCGUUGAUCGCAAUGCCUGGAAGCUCCUCCGAUCCACUCCAUCCCAACUUUCUAAAUUAUGCAGAAACCACUUUGUACCCAGUCCAUCCGAGUAUUCCAACGUCCCUCUUCAGCCGUAAUCUAGUAUUCGAGUCGACAUUUCCUCGGUUCUAGUCGGAAUGGAGCGUCGUAUAGAAAUCUGGAGGCCGGAGGCUUCUGUGGACGCUAAAAGAGGAUGGAUGCAAGAGAGGGAGAGCCGCUCGUGAAUCUGCAGGCUUUCGGUGCUGGAUCAUUAACAGGCCCUAGAGUCUAUCUGCGUAU